GGUAACGUAUACUAAGACAAAGAUAGAUGUAUUUAGAUUUAAGUAGAAUUGAAGCCGUCUGCAGCUUUGUGACAGUUGUAUCUUCGUAACGUAAGGCAUCACAUUGACGUAGACAUGUAUGGUUAUGAAGUGGCAAAUAAAAUUAUGACGUCAGUCGAAGAAUUUCAGGAAGCAUUCCAGCUUUUUGAUUCCCGUGGUGAUGGGAAGAUACAUGUAACACAGAUUGGAGAUGCACUCAGAGCUCUUGGACAGAAUCCUACAGAGUCAGAUGUAAAAAAAUUCACUCACCAACAUAAGCCAGAUGAACGAAUUAGCUUUGAGGUAUUCUUGCCAAUCUAUCAGGCCAUUUCUAAGAGUCGAAGUUCAGACACUGCUGAUGACUUCAUUGAAGGUCUUCGCCACUUUGAUAAAGAUGGUAAUGGUUUCAUUUCCUCAGCUGAGCUGCGCCACUUGUUGAGUACUCUGGGUGAGAAGUUGACAGAUGAAGAGGUAGAGCAGUUGCUAAUGGGGCAGGAAGACUCUCAGGGUAACAUCAACUAUGAAGAGUUUGUGCGUAUGGUGAUGUGUGGCUAGAGAAAAUGGGGAGCUUCAUAACUGACACCAACAUGGAAUUAAACAAACUUGGAAAUUAUCAAUGUAAGGUUUGGUUCUCUAAUUCAAGAUUCUUUCAGUUUCAGUUCUGAAGUCCCAGAUCAAAACUGAGUAAAUUUCUGUUUUUGACAAAAAUUAUUUAACUUGUGAACAACAAUUUAUCUAAAUUUGUGGUGGCUACCAACUCUGAACUGAUUCAUAAAAUAUAACAUUAUUAAAAUAAAAGCUUGGAAGCAAUGUUUAAUAUGCUCAUUUUCAUUUUGAUAAACAGUUAUAUUGUUCAUUAAAAUAGCUUGAAUAAUUUGUAGAGUGUAGGUUUUGAAUCCUAAAUUUAUUUCUGGAUCCUGGUUAAGGAAUGCCAGGCCUUCCUAACAAUACAUAGUUCUCUAUUUUGUGUAUAAUAUGACAAUAUGUGUAAUAGAAAAAAGCCUAGACAUCUAUACUCCCUAAAUUAUUUUAUAAAAAUAUCAGAUCCAGUAUGAAUAAUGCAUGGAAAGAAGCUGGUAUUAGAUGGGAUAGCAAAGUCAUUAAAAAAUGUAAUUUGAAGCAUUAUGAAGAUUCUUACAGAACCUUUGCAAGUGUGAUUAUUUAUAUAAGAAAUCUCUUUUAUUUAUCCAGUGGUGCUUGAAGGUUGAUCACUGUAGAUUUAAUAAAAAGAUAAUAAGAUGAUUUAUGACUUGCAUUGUUCAAUGUGUCCAAUUUUUUGUUUGUGAAUGAAGUAAUCGUCUAGCUGUAUCCAAACUUACCUAUAUAUUUUUCACGUGGGAGUUGCUAUGAAAUGCUAAGUUAUGUGAAAUAAAGUUGUGUGAGCAUUUGUUUUUUCAUAUACAAAUAUGUAUAUACAUAUAUUCCCUUAGUCAGUGCAACUAGAAGACUUUUGCACUAUUACAGCAAUAUGUUUCAACACUAUGAUCAUCAGGCACUAAAAAUAUGAUAUUCUUAUAACUUAUUAAUAACAUUGUUCUUUUUUUAAGGCACGUCUUCUUCCAUUCUGAGUACAUUAAAAGGUAUUUUAAUUGGCCUUUUAUCCUCAAAUCCGAAGAUUAUUUGCAUGUGUUAGCAGUAAAAAUGAUCAUCAAGCUGCUACUUGAAUGGAUGAUUCAUAGAAAAUGCUUGUAGCCCCCCCCCUUUCCAGCCACUAAGUAAAUAUGCAUACCAUUCUUUCUCUUAUCUUUAUUAAAAAUAACAUUUUUGAGAAGAUAUGCAUAUAUGAAUUGCUUCCCAAUUUCUUGACAGCUUUACAGUAUUUUUUCUUCUUUCUAAUACAUGGCUCUGCAUUUGAAUUUUUAUGCCCUUCUUGGUGUUCUUAUUCAGUCCAUUCUUUGUAACCCUUCACUUCUGGCAUACAAGGAGUUCACAGACACAGCAGUUCUAUUACUUUGUAUGUGAAGUUGAAAUUGCAGUUUUUGUUUUGUAUUUUAUGUUUUUAUCUGUGCUUUAAUGCUAUAUAGAUUUAUUAAAGUACUUGUACUGUGCUGUA